UAUUAAAAAAAAAAAAUAAUAAAAUAAAUAAAUAAAAAUAAAUAACAAAUACACGAGAACAAAAAUAUAUUACGUAUACAAUGGGUGUUAUUCGACCGGACUUUGGAUUACUCCAGUUUGAUAACUAUUCCGAUUACAUCAAAUCGUUCAUUUCAAUAGAGGAUCGGCGUUAUUUAGAAUAUUCGAGUGCUAUUAACCAAUAUGUGAAGCUUGGCUAUCGAACUACUAGUAAAAUCCUUGAAAAUGAUGAAUUCAAUAAAAUUCGAGACAAAACUUUGGAAGUGCUUUACCCGAGAAUUCAAUUGAGCUUGCAGUGCGGCCAAUAUUUGAAGGGAAAUGAUCCUGGUCUGGUGGCCUUGGCGGAACGCGAAGUACCCAAUUUAUUGCAAAAACUUUCGACAAUUAUUUUUUUGCUGGUACGCCAACCGAGCGGCUUUGACAUAUCGGGUUAUAUUGACUAUGCGGAUAGCUUGCGCCAAUACAAUUUACGUACGAUCGGUGCGACCAAUUGGAAGGGCAUCUUUGAGGGCACCUGUAAAUUGCGCCCCAAGUCCAAUAAUUUGAGCUUCUACGACCUGCAUAGGAAACUCGUCACCUACAACGAUAGUGGAAAUUAUCAGACAAUGCAUGUCGGUCAGUCGAUGAUAUUUAUGCACAAGGGCGAUCACAAGGUAAUUCACAUGGACUCGCAUCAUGGAACUGGUUCCGUUAAGCGCACUAUGAUAAAUUCCCCGGCCCUUGGCACAAUGGUUUUAUACGAUCACGUUGUAAGAAAGCCCGUCUGAUUGCUCAUUCGGCAAUUGACGAAUUUAAAUAUAUUGAUCACCAGAAACUGAAUAUAAUUAAA